AUGACGAGUAAAAAAUCAAAUAACCAAGAAAUAAAGCAACCAUUAUCAAAUCAGCCGCAACCUUCAGAGCUACAACAGAAGCAUGCGCUACAAUUUCAAAACCUAAAAAAUCAACAAGACCAAGAAUCCUUUCGAUUGUUGGAGAAAAUUCCAAAUAAACAACAAUUAUCAGAGCAACAACACCGGCAUAUAUUAGAACUAAAACAACUACAAUAUCAACAACGUCAGGAAUUGCUGCUGCUUCUAACAUGUCCACCUCCACAGCAAACAAAAAAAGGCAAGAUGCGCCCAUUUAAAUAUACUUUACGUGCAUGCGAUUCAUGCAAUAAAGGACGCCAAGCCUGUGUGAUGGAAGAAGGAUCUGCUUUUUGCAAUAGGUGCAUUGAUAAAAAAAGCAAAUGCACUUUUGAUAGAAUUAUCAAAAAAAGAGGCCGCAAACCAAAGAAAAAUUCCGACAACAAAAAUGGCCACCAAUGUUGUUAUAGUGGCAGCGAACCUUUGGCUAAUGGCCGUGAUUUACGUGAAGGCGUUCCCGAUGCUUUUUGA